UGGAGGCGCUCGGGGCGGUGUUCACUCCCCGGAAGCCAGCGCAGGCUGCCCGGCGCGGAAGAGCAUGACGGCGCCGCUGGCGGGGCUGCUUCGGCUGCAGCGCGGCAGGCGUUUAGCUCCUUGGGAUCUCGGGAUUAGGAGCAGUGCUUCAGGUAAACAGCUUCUGGGAUUGUCCUCCCUGAACAAUGACAUCCUAUCGCAGUCCUGCCAGAACUAUCGCGCAGUGCUGUGCACUGAGCUGACAAAGCCAUUGAUUAUUAGGAACCUCCCAUCCCCUUCUCUGCAGCCCCAUGAGGUCAGGGUUGGCGUCCAUUACUGUGGAGUAAAUUUUGCGGAUAUCUUGGCCUGUAAGGGUCUGUACCAGGAGAAGCAUUGUCUUCCAUUCACUCCUGGAAUGGAGUUUUCAGGGAUGGUGAUGGAGACUGGAGCGAAGGUCAGCACAGUGCAGGCGGGAGACAGGGUAAUUGGUGUGACUGGCACGAGUGCAAUGGCUGAGGAGUGUGUAACUGAUCAGAAGAUGCUGUGGCCAAUCCCAGAAGGUGUUUCUUAUGAAGAAGCUGCGGCAUUGCCUGUGUCUUAUGGCACAGCCAUUUUGGCCCUGGAACAUAGAGCACGCACGCAGCCAGGGGAAAUGGUUUUAGUGACAGCAGCUGCUGGGGCCACGGGGCUUGCUGCUAUCGAUGUAGCCGCUAAUGUUCUCAAGGCAAAGGUGAUAGCAGCAGCUGGAAGUGAUCACAAAUGCAACCUGGCCCUGCAGAAGGGUGCAGCCCACAGCGUGAAUUACACCCAAGGGAGCCUAAAGGAGGAGGUGAAGAAGCUUACAGAUAACAGAGGGGUCAAUGUAGUUCUUGAGGCUGUUGGAGGGGACAUCUUCAAGGAGGCGUUACAUAGUUUGGCUUGGGAGGGCAGGAUUGUGGUGGUGGGUUUUGCUGGAGGAGCAAUCCCCUCUGUCCCAGCCAACCUGCUGCUUCUGAAGAAUGUGUCUGCCUUGGGAGUGUUCUGGGGUCGAUACCGGGAAGAGGACUUUCCUGUUUUUUCGUCAUCCCUCUCCUCUGCUCUUUGGUACUGCCAGGAAAGACGGAUCCAACCUCAUGUGGGAGCGGUCUUCAACCUGGAAGAGGUGAAUGAAGCCUUUAGCCGUGUAACCCAGCGCAAGUCAACAGGAAAGGUCAUCAUCUCAAUUAAAUAAAUCAGUCUGUUUCCUCAGGACACAGCCCCUGCUGCUGUUGGACUAAUCAGCAGAAUCACCCUUCUGGCUUAUGGAUUCAGACAGCCAAGUUGCAUUUACCCUAUGAUUUCUUGCAUGAUUUGUCUACCACCACCAUUAACGUAGAGGGCUCUGGGCUCCUGCUUAGGGUUAGAUGACAUGAUGGUAUAAAUACUUGUGCCCAUUGCUAGCAUUGGUGGAGUUGCACUGGCGCUUGACAAACAGUGCCAAGAGUCCUAGGGGAGACAAGCUUUCACUGUGACGGAAAGAGGGAGAAUAGAUGCAGAGCAGUGCAAUUAAUACAAAUGUAAACCAGACUCUCUUUAAAGGAAUCACCACUGGGAAAUCUCCUUAAGUCUCCCACUGUGAGCAGCGUGUGCUCUGUAUA